GAUUCACCCCCACACACUUACUUAGGUUGAAGGUGUGAAAGAUGGAAGAAGCUACCACAGGUCAUGUUUGUAUUUGAAGGAUAACUUUUAUAUUGGACUGCAAUGCCUAUUUUACACUGUAGUUUUGUACGUAAAAAAGUGUAUAUAUUAGUUGUAAAAUGUAAGUUCUAGCGUGUGAAAAAAAUACAGUCUAAUUUGCUAGAAAUUGCGUUAAGUAACCUAAAUGUUGUAUAGGACAUCGACCAUAGAAAUAAAAAAUGAUAAGCUUGUACCAAAAUUCGGAGAAAGCGAGAUCGUCGAUAAAAUCGCGAAAAGGAGUGCUUCUAUGGCUUACAAUGAAUUUUUUGAAGAUUUUUUAAUACCAAAUAAACCGUGCAUCUUUGAUGCAGAAAUAACGAAAGAUUGGUCAAGCAGACGACAUUGGAACACGGAUAAUGCGCCAAAUUUUGAGUGGCUCAAAGAAUGCUUUGGUAAUUGUAAAGUUCCUAUCGCAGAUUGCAAUAAAAGAUAUUUCAAUGCGCAACACAAGGACGAUAUGUUAAUAAGAGCUUAUAUUGAUUAUUGGAUCGACUAUCGUAACUGUAAUUACUCAAAUAAAAUGCCAUUACUAUAUUUAAAAGAUUGGCAUUGUAUCAAAUCUCAUUCAAAUAUCUCAAUCUACAAUGUGCCUAAAUAUUUUGCUUCGGAUUGGUUGAACGAAUAUUACACUGCUCAUCCAAACUUAAAUGAUGACUACAUGUUUGUCUAUAUGGGACCAAAGGGAACAUGGACUCCAUUUCACGUUGAUGUUUUUACGUCAUACAGUUGGUCAGCUAAUAUUGUAGGAAAAAAGCGUUGGCUUCUAUUCCCACCAGGCCAAGAAAAUUACCUCAAAAACGUGAAUGGAGAUUUAGUAUAUGAUAUUACCUCUGCAGAGCUUGAUAAUGCUUCUAACUGUAAUUAUACUUGUAAAAACAAAACAUUAAAAAGCAUUGAAGUUAUACAAGAAGCAGGUCAGAUAAUUUUUGUACCUUCAGGAUGGCACCAUCAAGUCUGGAACUUGGAAGAUACAAUAUCCAUCAAUCAUAACUGGCUAAAUGGAUGUAAUAUUUGCAAUGUUUGGAAUUCAUUGAGAAGAGAACUGGCAGCUGUGAUAAAAGAAAUCGAAGAUUGCAAAGACAUGGAUGACUGGAUAGCGCAUUGCCAAAUCAUGCUGAAAGCCUCUUUUGGGAUGAACUACCUUCAGUUUUACGAAUUUUUAUCAUUCAUAGCUAAAAAACGCUUGAAUUCUGUGAUAAGCAGUGUGCCUGUAAAGAGUUUUGAAACAUGGCUUUUGGGUAAAAAUCAUUGUUUAUUUGACCUACAACAAAUAAGAGUAGUUCUUAAAAGUUUAAUAGAGGAUGCCAGUGACAAGGAAAUAUGCAGUUUACUUUGGAAAGAUGGUGAAGCUCAAUCAUUGCUAGAUAGAAUAAAUACAAAACUAAAAUAAUGAAACGAAACAUAUACAAAGUGUAAAUAAAAUAUUUAUUUUGAAGUUUUAA